GCUCUUAAUGUUCAUUACGACCUUCGGCUGCGGACUCAGGCAUAUCAGUACACUGUCUACGGUUUACGCACAAUAAGGCUAUUGAGUUGGCAGAGCUAUAAGUCGCCAUCAAAUGACAACUUCCUCUUGAUUUGUGCUAAAAGUGUGGAAAAUCCAGAAAACUCUAACCAAAAGACUUUUGUACUAAAAGCCUUUGGCUCAAUUCUCUUAGACGCCAUCAUCAUAACCGCCAUCCAAGUGAAGAUAUGGUUUCAGAACAGACGGAGUAAAUACAAGAAGAUGUUGAAAGCGGCGCAAACGGGCGGUUCGGGUCCUCCUGGGGGUCAGAGCGGCAAUUCUCAGGGCGGCCCCGGAAACUCAUCGGCCACUUCGGGCAAUUCAUUGGGACCGCCGACGGCCGCCUCCACACCGCAAACACCUCCCGAGACACCGGAGACAAAUUCGCCGCCGAGUGUGGGUCCGCCACCGCUACUGCCUGUGGGACCGGGAGGGGCUCAGCCCGGAAGUAACUCAUCGAUCGCUACGGCGGUCAGUCCGCCAGCGAUGAGUCCGCCCAUCACGGCCUGGGAUAUGGGCUCCGCGAAGGCGGCCGCCGCCAUGAGUAACAGUUAUAUGCCUCAGUACUCGUGGUAUCACCACCAACACGACCCCUCUAUGAACCAACAAUUGCUUACAUAACCAACAAAUGUUCAUUAAUAUAAAUUUAAUUGAGAAAAAAAUACAUACAAAACAAAAAACUCUUAUAUUAAAUAUAUUGAUCUGAUCUGUGAUUCAAGCGUUGAAUUACUUGAUUAUAUUCUAUCACUCAUUCAAACUAAACACUGUUCACAAUCGCCCGGACUAUACAUUGUAUACAUAUUGUUAAGCGACAGAAACAACACCACACGUGAGGCCACUCCGGGAAACGACCAAAAAAGAGGAAACAUUUUAUGGCAGUUAUGGUUCUGUCAGUUCCGACAGGUCUGUCAUUACUGUCCACCAGUACUCCCAAUAAUACUCUCAAUUCAAUAGUGCUGUUCAGCGCUGGCGCCUGUUCUAUGAGUGCGAGCCCUCAAAACAUUUAGUUAUAAAUUGUCUUUUCAACUCAAUAUAUCCUUUUGUAUAAAAUAAAUCUCUGUAUAUAAUAAUAUUAUUAUUAAUAAUAAAUUAAUUCGUGUUUCAUUCAAAAUA